CUCCCCUCAGGCAGCCAUUGCCGCGCCUGCGCCGUGUGCCCGGCCGGCAGCCAUGUUCGGCGGCGGCGGCGGGGCUCGCCUCAGCCAUGUCGGGCGGGCGGCGGGGGCUGCCGCGCUGCGAUGGCGGCGGGGGGCACGGCGGGCUGCACAGUUACAUGCAAGAUCCAGACUGCUGGCAACAAGAACAGAAAUGUGGAAGCUGGAAUGAUUCGGAUUCUUUGGGAAUUGAUCAGUAUCAAUGUAGCCAUGUAGAUCAGUGGUUGGAGAGGACUAUGACAGCAGACGAUUCUCAGCCUCUUUAUAAUUGCCCUGAAUGGGAAGGUGGAAUUGAAGAAGGCAAAACAAUGAGAACGUCUGUUAGGAAAACGACAAAUUCUGUUUCAAAUGAUUCAGCUAAUCCAUCUGAAAGGGAAACAGAUGAAGUGGUUCUGAGGAGAAGACAAAAACAGAUCAAUUUUGGAAAGAACACACUUGCAUAUGACAGAUAUAUUAAAGAAGUUCCAAAGAAUCAACGAAUACCGGGAGUGCAUCCUCGAACACCCAACAAAUUUAAGAAGUACAGCCGUAGAUCCUGGGACCAGCAGAUCAGGCUGUGGAAGAUAGCACUGCACGCGUGGGAUCCUCCUGCUGAAGAGACCUGGGAUCUGCAGCCGGUUAAUACGGAACCUUCAGGCAGUUCUCAGGAAUGGUUCUGCAGAGAUCGUGAUGAUUCUGUUUUCCCCAUGUUUGAUGAAAAACUGAAGAGAAAUGAGUGUGGAAACCAACACAGCCAGCCAGACUAUGCACUGGAGAGUUCCUGCUCUCCUGAUUGUUCUCCAGUAUGGAAACGCAGAAAACGAAACAAUCCUGACCCUUCUGUGGUUUCAAAGGGCAAAAGCCAUUAUAUGCAUAUGUACCAUGCACUGGAAAGUUUUACUGAAUCAGGACAUCAGAGGGCUUUUUCGAAUUGUUCAGAGUGGGAGACCUUAGGUGACAAUGAUGAAGUAAUGACAGUACAACAUGGUAUAGAAAUAACAAGUGACCUGAUUCCAGCGAGUUGUUCUUCGGGAUGGAACGCCCAGAAACAGAAAAACACAAGCAUCUUUCUGCCUGACAGCAAAACUUUCAGAGAUUCAGACUGCAGGCUGGAGAGGCUUAAGCUUUGCAGCAGUUUACUGGAAGGACAUCAGCCAGAAUACUCUGAAAAUGGAUGGGGAAGCACUGGAGAGAGAAUAAUGACAAAAAGAAUUUAAAUAUCAAGUCUGUCUUUGUAUAUAGAACUAUCAAAGAAGGACUUUCCUCCUGUGACAGAAUGACUUGAAGAAUAUGAUACAGCACGAGAUCAGCGGAUCAAGACUUGAAAGACUGGUAAAGUCUCAUAAAUUCUGCACUGAAAGAAGAAGGGAUUUACAGUCAGCAUAUGUACAAUCAGCACAAGGUGAAAUGAGCAGGUUUCUCCAGAUCUUUAAGGAUAGAUUGUCUUCUGCGAGUUCUGCCUCAAGUGUAAAACCUCAAAUUUCAUUAAGCUUUUGCUAAGAUGAUGAUGGAUGUUCCUUAAAGUUGUGAGACUGUUUCUUCUUGACCUGCACUGACAGAUGACUUGCACCAUACUGUAAAGUCUACUUCAGUUGAUGGCUCUUCCCGUCGCUAUUUGGAGACCAUGCUGCAUAAAGCGAACUGAUGUUUUGCUGCUGAAUUGGUCCAAUAUUGAGUCAGAGUGAAGAAUACUUCCUGUUAAACCAAGGACUUAAAACCCUGUUUGUUCUACUGGACCGUGAUUGUACAUGCAACCUGGAGAACUGCUUCAAAAGAAUGUAGAUAAUUCCAGCCUUUCUUCAGUUGCUAAAAACAGACUGCUUUUAACUUUUGGCGAUUACCUUUUCAGCUUAUUUUCCGUUCUCUGAGAUAAAACGCAUUAAGCUAGCAUCUGCCUAAGUGAGAGGAGAGAAGGGGAAAGGUAGAUGGUUUAUUAUAAUCAACUGUGGGGAUUAUAAUCAUCUCUGAGGGGAUGAGUGGCUGAACAGCAACACAGUCUGAAUACCUGGAUUGCACUUUCAUGUGUGUUGCAGCAUGUCCUGAAAAAACAAUCUACUGCUGAAAGUAGAUGAGGGCAGUGGUAUUGUUACAAGAAAUGGAUGACAGCCAGCAGUAUUUGCAGGUUUGGGGCAUGGAGUGUCCUGGCUGAAAUCCACAAUGGUCUUGACUCUCCCUUGCUCUACCUUUGUAUCACUGUGCUGAAAACCUCAAAAGUGAGGGCUGUGGCUCCAGUGGAGUUUAGAGCAGAACUAUUUCAAUUGGAAGAAUUUUUUACAGACCUUGUGACUUAUGUAGCAUGUAUGAGGUACAAGUGUCUGUUAGAGCUGGGAAUUCUCUUUGCAGUAGUUCAGCUUUGCUGUUGCAGCCCUUUGUAAGGCCUCUGCAGAAACUGUGGCCUAGGGAUGGUGCCUAGUAGCCUUGUUGUGGGGCUUGCAAUGUACCCAAGGGCCAGAAGCCAGAUAUGCUGCUGAAGCAGAAGUAAGCUGCUUCCUCAGGAACUACUUCCAGUCCCUUCCAAAACCAUAUUUCCAAUUGUUGCUAAAAUCUUUUUGAGGUGAGUUUUUGCAGGAUUUCUGUGCUUGUUUGGGAUUUUCAGGCACAAUUCUGAUGUGUCCAGUGCACUAGGAAAACCUGACUGCAAACAGCAUUAUUGCAGUGGGCUGGAACAUUAGAUUGCCUUCACCAAGGCCUGUCACGUGCACAGAAAUUCACUGCUGUGGUUAUUUAUCAUGAGUUUGACAGUUCCCAACAAAGAACAAACUUCGAUUAGGUAGGGGAAUGUGUGCUGCUGCUUUAACAGAAGCGUGUUAGGUCACAGCUACUGCUCAGUGGUAAGAAUGUCCUGGCUGUGCGCUCUGUUCCCAAACACAGGAAGAGGCUGGGGCCUCUGCUAUUUAAAAAGUGAGUUAACCUCUCACUGCUGUGGGGUGGAGGGAAACUGCCUAUGGGUUGGUGACUUUUUUGUCCUGUGUAGUUCCUGUGGCUGUUGGGACUCAUCUGUCCGUGCUUAGGCAUGGGGUUUGGUAGUAUCCCAGCACAACGUGGCUCAGUAACUUACUGCUGAGCAUGGGGUGUGUAUAUGGGGUAGAAAUCUGUACAGCACCUUUUAAAGUAAUAUAUAGACCAUUGUUGUUCUAGUGUGCAUGCUUCCAUGUGCUUUAUGAUUGUACAUAUGAGAAUGUUAUGUUUUUGGCAUAUUGUCUUUAUGCAGAAGAAUUAAAGACUUUAAAAAUCCCUGU